UCAAAGUGCUUCCAUUUUAUUCAGCCUUGCAUUUCUGUCGGCCGCAAGCUAUUAACUUGGACAUCUCUUCUAGCCGUAUUCCGAUCACACUUCUAUUGACCUGCGAAGGUGUGUAGAGCGGCAGUGAUGGAACUGAUUUGCGAACUGCGAAUCUAGCUGCUGGUCCUGUCUUUUGACACGUCCCUUGACACCACGCCUAUGCUACACGUCUAAUCCAAUUGAUCGCGUCGCAUUCCUACCCGAGCCUCUCUACCAUACUCUCUACGAUUCAACGCUCCUCGACCUCUCCAUUCUCCGAGCCCGCCAUGGCGACCACAAACAGCGCGCGCAAUGGCCAGCCGAAUGGCGCAACCAACGGUGCAGCUUCCACCCAAGCUGCCAGCAAACGCUUUUCCGAUAUCCCCGAUACCAUCGAAGUCCCGGUCCAGGAAGAUGAUGACUUCAUCAAUGUCGAAAUCGAUCUCAAUAACCUCGUUGACGACCCCACGGAGCUAUGCGACAUGUUUGAAAAUGAACACACAGCGCGUCUCUAUUGGAUGACAAUAGCUCUUGCCUACGCGAAACAGAACAAGACUGACCGUGCCAUUGAGGUCCUGAAUCGCGGUAGUAAUGCCAUGCAAGACACGACACCCCUAGAGAAGCUGAGCCUCAUCGCUUGUGUAUGCUGGAUGUACCUGCGCAAAAGUCGAGAAGCGCCGCGCCUUCCCCCUGAGGGCUCCCUCUUAUCUGAAGCCAAAAUUAAAGACCACUACCUCCAGCUUGCCACCUCGUCACUCAACGAAGCAUCUCGCAUAAACCCAGCGUUCCCACCACUCUUCCUAGCCCGCGGUGUCCUACAGCUUCUGAAGGCAUCGCUACAGGCCCCUUCAAAAGCUGCCGGUGGUGGUCCUAUCGAUCAAGCCAAAGCCGACCUCCUCAAAGGUGCGCUCAAAUCCUUCGAACAGGCCAGCAAGGUCUCACAAGGGAAGAAUGUACUAGCCUUGAUGGGAAAAGCACGUGCAUUGUACGGGCUUGGUAACUACAAAGAUGCUUUGACGGCCUACCAGGAUGCCCUAUUGAAGACGCCGGACCUGGUCGAUCCAGAUCCGCGUAUAGGCAUAGGCUGCUGCUUGUGGCAACUUGGCUACAAGGAUGAUGCAAAGCAAGCAUGGGUAAGGUCUAUUGAACUUAACCCGGAGUCUAAGGCCCUUAUACUUCUUGGUCUACAUUAUCUCGACGCCAGCAGCAAAGUCCCUACCCACAGUCCCGAAUUCAUUAAGCUCUACAAGAAGGCUAUGACCGAUUUUACUCAGAAAUCCUUCAAGAUUGACAAAAACCAGCCAUUAACCUGCGCUACAUUUGCCAGCUACUUCUUAUCCAGCAAGAAUUUCUCUCAUGUAGAGUCACUCGCAAACAAGGCAAUUCAGUACACCGAUGUGAAUGCCAUUGCAAGUGAUGGGUGGUAUCUGCUAGCAAGAAAGGAGCACUACAGUGGAAACGUAGAGACAGCUACGGACUACUACCGGCGUGCUGAUGAAGCUAGAGGAGGCCUGGAAAGAGGCUAUCUUCCGGCAAAAUUUGGUGUGGCUCAGUUAUCUGUGCUCAAUAAUGAUCUCGGAGAGGCAAAACUUCGCCUUGAGAAAAUCAUUCAGCCAGCCGGUAAACACGAACGCAAUUAUGAAGCCAUGAUCCUCUUAGGUACGCUGUAUGCGGAAGAGGUGUUUGCGAACCAACAUGCCGCUACUAAAGAAGACAAGUCAUCAGAGAUGCGCAAAGCCAUUGACUAUCUAGAACAGGUUCGUACAGCUUGGAAAGAUCCCAAGAAGAACCUUACACCAGAUUCCUCCAUUCUAUUAAACCUGGCUCGUUUGUAUGAGAAAGAUCAGCCAGAGAAAGCAUUACAAUGCCUGCUUCAAGUUGAACAACUUGAGUUAGAACAAAUUCCUUCCUCAGAACACCCAGAAGGAAUCGAGGAUCCGUCUGAGCUGCGAAACCUCCUCAGAAAGAAUCUUCCACCCCAACUCCUGAACAACAUUGGCUGUUUCUACUCUCAAGCUGAAAAGCAUGGUCCGGCGACCGACAUGUUCCAAGCAGCAUUGAGCUCGUGCAUGAGGAUUGGGGAGAAGGGUGAGGACAUAGACACCGACGCGCUAGUCACGACGAUCAGUUUCAAUCUUGGUCGAAGCUACGAGUCCCAAGGCCUUACGGACAAAGCAGUCGAGGUUUACGAACAACUAAUAGAACGUCACGACGAUUAUACAGACGCCCAAGCGCGAUUGGCGUACAUCAAACUGCGUAAAAAUCCUACCAAGGAAGGCCCUGAUGCUGUUGCCAAACUCUACCAAGCAACCCCAGCCGACCUAGAAGUUCGCGCUUUGUACGGGUGGUAUCUCGGUCGGGUCAAUUCGCGCAAGAAGUUUGCAAAUGUCAACGAGGAUCCCGAGCUAAGACACUACAAGCACACUCUCCAAAACUAUGACAAGCAUGACAGAUAUGCUUUGAUUGGUAUGGGGAAUUUGUAUAUGAUGGCUGCCAGAGAAAUGCGACGGGAGACAGAACAAGAGAAACAGAAGCGAUCUGCCACAUAUACUCGCGCAGUAGAAUUCUUUGAUAAGGCGCUGCAGUUAGACCAUAAAAAUGCUCACGCAGCCCAGGGCGUUGCCAUUGCGCUCAUUGAAGAUAAAAAGGAUUACUCUAAUGCGCUUCCGAUCUUCUUGAAGGUACGCGAAACCGUCAAGGAUGCUAAUGUAUAUAUCAACAUUGGUCACACCUAUGCCGAACUGCGUCAGUUUUCUAAGGCAAUUGAAAACUACGAGAUUGCACUAUCAAAAGAGGGCAAGAGUAACGACGCAAGCAUCUUAGCUUGCCUAGGGCGGACCUGGCUCAACCGUGGCCGGCAUGAGCGGAACUUGGACGCUUUUAAGACAGCCUUGAGCUAUGCGAAGAAGGCCCUGGAAGUCUCUCCAGAGCAAGUCCACUUCAAGUUCAACGUAGCAUUUGUGCAGAUUCAACUAGUCCAGCACAUUAUGAAUGUGCCUGAGACUCAGCGCACCCUUGUGCAAUUGGAGGAGGCCAUGGACGGUCUUGAAGCGGCUAUUGUGGCUCUCGAUGAAAUUGCGCAACACCCACAGCCUCCGUAUCCUAAGGUUGAUGUGGAACAACGUGCAAACAUGGCACGAAACACACAGCGCAAGCAGCUCGGACGACAAGUUGAAAAACAAAAGGAAUAUGAGGAAAAGAACAAAGAAAAGAUUGCGGCUGUACUUGAAAGGCGGCAAGCUGAAGCAAAACGUCGUGAAGAGGAAAGACAGCAGGCACUUGCCAAAGAGAAAGAGAGACAGGACAAGAUUCGUAGGGAACGUGAAGAGGUAGCAGCUAAAGAGAGGGAGCGCGACGAGGCAAGACAGGCAGAGGAAGAAGCUGAGUUAACUACCGAUUCGGAGACGGGAGAAAAGGUUAAGCGAAAGCGGAAACCUAAGCCCCGUGCAGAAAUUCAGCCCAAGAGUCGUUCACAGAGGAAGAAGAAGGCUAAGCGAGAUGAGGAAGCAUCCGAUGAUGAUACUCAACCCAAGAAGAAACGUAGGCUAGCCAAGAAGGACAACAAGCAGUACAAGUCUGCAGAAAUAGUCGUAGACAGCUCGGAUGAGGGCGGUGACGAUGAUGAUGCUCUGGACCGCGCUGAGAGAGCCAUGGAAAAUCGCAGCUCACCAGUUUCCGAUAUCGACGCCGCUUCCAAGGCCGACGAAGAAGAAGACCAUAUGGACGUAGAUGAGACUGCAAAUCAGGAUGAUGAAGAGGAGGAGCAAGUUGCUACACGGACUACCUCAAAACGUGCGAGGAGAGGCAGAGUAUUGGACGAUAGUGAUGAAGAUGAUGCCGAGGAAGAAGCCGGAAGCCCGGCCAAGGCUGCUGCAAAUGGCGGUGCCGGUGCUGACAGCGAGGGCGAGAACGGCGUGGCUGAUACCAGUAUGGUUGAUGCAGUGGACGAGGAGGAAGAGUAGAUUGUAUAAUACCGAGCAGGAAUCUUUGGCAGCUUUCCAAAGCUAUAAUCAGCUACGUCUUCGAAAGACAGACUCAUCAGGCUCGUUCAUAUUAAAAUAAGCAUCUAGGCUAGGCGCUAGGGGCACAGCUUCGGAUGAAAUAGUGUAAAAUACCGGUCAAGCUAAGAAUAUAUUAGCGGAAUCAAAAUCAUGAAUAACCA